CGGGAAAUGUAUGUCAGGCCGGGCUGGCUCGGAGCGCGAGUCGGCGGUGGUGGUCAGUGUUCGACGGUGUUCCAGUCGGGUUUGGCGGAUAGGGUGGUUGCGCUGCGUGGGUGGCGCGCGCGGUUCGUAGUGUCGCAGUACCGCGCGCACCUUCAUCAUCAUCCGUUCGCUUUCUUUUCCCACGAUAGAAAUCGCCUCAUCGCCUGGCCCAUCAACCACUCGUAGCAUUUGAUAAUACACCUGUUCCUCCCGGUGGUUUGUUGCUACCGGGACUUAGGGGACCAUCCGACGUUCUCCGCGGGUCUGACUUCCGUCGGGCUCGCGACAGGGAAAUAACGGGACCAAUCGUCUGCGAUCGAAGAAAAGGAGUCGUCUCGAGGCGAGACGCCAAGGCGUGUACCAUCGGCGGGACCCUCGUCGCGUGAUAAAAAGGACCUACCUAUGUACCAUGCGCCCUACGGACUCGUUCGAGAUUUGCCGCGAAAUACACGGAGAGAGCCAACCAGACAGAGAUUGGAUACGGUGAAGUUCCUCUUUUAGAAGUGGUUUUGCCUAUCCCGAAGAGACGAACAGACGAGAAACUCGGCCAAAGGAAACGCUCGAAGACGCGGGUACAGGAUCGCGCGUAUCGUUCGAUGCCCUCUCGUUAGAGCCGAGAGAAUUUCCCGAUCCAGGAGCACGAUCGAGAUCCAAUCAUGUUCAAUCUCUAUCAGAACUUGAACAAGAAGGACGAGGAACACAAGGAGUCGGACGUUACCGGUCAUGACAGGUUCUGGCAGGAACGUCCGAGGACAAGGCGGAAACGUCGGGCCGUCAACCGGAGGACUCAAAGCGCCAUCGAGCUCGACUCCGAGGCCAUGGUGUCGGCCCGCGGGACCCUCCGCCGUGGAAGAAGCGCGAGCAUCGAGGACGAGGACAGCGACGAAGAGAAAGGCUACCAGCUGACCACCAAGAUCGACAAUUUAGCCAAGAUAUUGUUCAGUCGCGUGUCCGCUGCGCGAGGCUGCAAGGAACCGGACGUCAGAAACGGAAGGCACAGCUACACGGCGCUGGGCCACGGGCCGUCGGCGUGCGAGGAUGCCAGCGAGUACAUGGAAAUGGAGAAAAGAUCUCGAGAUCGUGCUUUAUCAAUUUGCCAGGCUUAUAUCCGAAGAACGCCGCGCUAUAGUCUCGUGAAGCAGCUGAAUAAUCUCGGCUCUAGGGUGAACAAGCACUGGUUCGCGGUGCGGGACACAUCCCUAAAGACCGACCGACUGAUCACGUUGGCGCCGUUGAGCAGCAAUUGCUCGUUGACCGUUUCCACACUGACGAAAAACAUUUUAAGCGACUUGUUUUUGGCGUUACAGCAUCCGUACAUAUGCCCUAUAUUCGACAUCGAUUUUCUCGAAUACGAACGCGAGAAUUACGUGAUCGUGGUACAGCCUAUCAGUCAGGGUAGCCUGAAGGAUCUGAUUUACGGGAUCGAAAGAACCGGCUGGAACGAGGAUUGGGGACAGAAGUACGCGUCCCGCGGCAAAGGGCUGCCCUUGCCUCAGAUUCAACAAAUGGGCCGGCAAGUGUUGGAGGCGUUGGUCUUUCUGAAGAAACGAGAAUUCCCGAUGGUAACGCAUUUGCAUUCCGGCAACGUGCUCGUUCAGAACGGCGUGGCAAGGCUCGCCGGCCUCGAGAACACGCUCCUCGGCUUCACCAGCCGCAUCCAUCCGGUAAUCGCAUCGCGAAUCUCGCAGACUAAUCCCAUCGACAUCGUAUCCUUCGGUCAUAUGCUAUUCGAAAUGUGCGCUGGUUACGAAUUGCGAACGUUUAAACCGAAUUCAAUGCAACUCUCGGAUCUUGAAAUGUAUCCACAAGUAAUCGAGCUACUCAAGUAUAUAUUCGGCGAGCCGACUAGUCGCCCCAGAAAUAUCGAAGAGCUUCUUGUUCACGAUUUGUUCAGAAACAUCGAUCUCCGCGAAAUGCGCAGUGCUCCCGUCACGAUAUUUCGGCCAACGUUGACACCAUCGAUCGCAAACUUACUCGAUGGCAUUAAACGGCAAAGCGUGACUAAGAGAGUCCCGAGCUUGGACGUGGUCGACGUCGACGCUUUGUCCCUGCACCGACCGGAGACGGUCUGCAGGCACUCGCUGCUCGACGAAAUCUACAACGAACUAUCGAACACGGCUGUGUAAUUUUGUGGGAACAAAUAGUUUCUACGAGAAUCGAAUCGGCUUUAGAACACGUAUCGUCGCCAUUCUACCGAGGAUCUUGAAUUCGCGUCUUUCUGUACCAAAUGCCAAAAAAAAGCAAGCGUUUCAAGACCUCUGCGAUACGAGCUAACGGCGAUAAUAUUAUACAUAUAUACAUAUACACAUAUAUUUAGUAAAAGAAAUAAAAGUGGAAAAAAAGAGAAUUCAGAAGACGAUGAAGAAUGGAAAUCAAUAAUAAACCGUAUAGAGGAGGAAAAAUAAAGAAAAGUCGUAAUA